UGAUGUUGUUAUAGAACCAGUUGAGGAUAAAGCAGAGUCUCCAUUUCUCCCUGCUUCUCUAACUAUUUCCUGUUGAAAAUAACCAUACAUGUUGCUCCAGCUGAGAUAUAUUUUUUGCUUUACAGACAGCAUGAAGACACUUAAUUGCUAUGUGCUGUUCCUUUGCUGGAAAGCAAUUUGCUGCAACAGCUGCCAGCUCACCAAUAUCACCAUAGCUGUGGAAAGAGAAGAAUGUGAAUUCUGUAUUACAGUGAAUGCCACGUGGUGCUCAGGAUACUGCUUCACCAGGGAUCCAGUAUAUAAAUAUCCUCCAGUAUCAACUGCUCAGCAAACCUGUACCUUCAAGGAGGUUGUGUAUGAAACAGUGAAGAUCCCUGGCUGUGGUGACCACCCUGAAUCCUUUUACUCAUACCCAGUAGCUACAGAAUGCCACUGUGACACCUGUGACACUGACACCACUGACUGCACUGUCAGGGGGCUGGGGCCAUCCUACUGUUCCUUCAGCCACAAUGGAAGUAACCAGUGAGGGGCACUGGCGACAGCAGUUGGCUCUAAAUGUCCCCUGCUAACUAAAGGCACUGUUCAGGUUUCAAUGGAAGGUAGCAGGCUAUGCUAGUUAGAAACUACCAAGACUGAAACAAAGAUUUUUAAGGCCAAAAUGAAGAGCUACUGACUGAACUCAUCUUCAUGCCUUCCUUACUUAACCCAUCAGCUGCCUUAAAAGCAUUUUCACAGGUCUUUGAAAAAUGCCACUUGCAAUCUCUUCUGCCUUUCCCCCCUCUUCCUCUUUAUCACAACUUCGUUAUUUAUAUUCCUGUAUUUCCACUCCCUGGUUCACAGAGAUUAUUCUAUGCUAUUCUGUGCUCUCAAAAAGUUCCCAAGUUUCAAGUCUUUAUAAUCUCCUGCUUUUCAUCUCUCCUAAGCUCACACUUAUUUUUCAAAGCCUUGCUGCUGGUUGUGGCUCUAUUAGCUGGACUGUAAACAUCUCUCAGCUGAAAUCCUGACUGAUUUUUUCUUUGCAUUAUGUUUCACAUAGUCAUUAUGCUCUGCCAAUAAUAACAGCGGGUAUCCUUAAGAGCCGAAAUCUGUUUUCAGAUGUUGAAUGCCACCUGAAUUCUUGUACUUUCAGUAAGGCUUGUUAGCUCACACCAACACAAGUAACAUGAACUCUGCUUUGUACCUGGCUAACUUGAAGAAAUCAUCAGCUCUCUAUUUUCACCUGAGUGCAGAAUGUAGUGAACAGAAAUGUUUAGCAUUAUUUAACACAGGAGGCUCAAAAAUUGUUUAGGGAUGCAUCCAGAGGCACCUGACCCCAGUAGUGCAGACAUGGUGUGCUAAUGUGCCUUGAGAGCCGUUCACAGGAGUCCCUUCAGAGAAUGGAAGUUUACAGAACCCUGCAGCAACCUAACUCUGCAAAUGCCAGGAUGAAGUUGGGAUGGUCUGGAAAUGAGCUGGAGGACUGACUGAAUAAGCAUGGGAAAUUAACUCAUGUUAUUGUGAGAAUUCUAUGACGCCUACAGAAUGAGUUCCUAUAGGGAAAAUGAAACCACACAAUUCUUCACCAGAAAAAUCCCCUGCACAGCAUGGAAACAGUGGAUCCUGCAGCAGUUUGGCACUGCAGGCUUGGUGGUGCCAACACCAUCCAACAGCAUCCCAGUGCUGCAGGAAAGUGGGAGCGCAAGGAGCACAGCCUACAAGACACAAGCUACCUCCACCACUCAGCUCUGCACGGCAGGGCCUUGGCUGAGUGGUUAUUUGUGACAGAACUUCAGAGCGUGGAAAAACCAGAGAAAACCCUCACAAGAAGAAUAAGGAUGGAGAGAGGCCUAAAAAAAUCAUCUUAGGAGAAAAAGAUUUAUUUAAAUGUUGUCGUUUUGCUUAGGGGGAACAUCAGCAGAACAUUUUACAUGCUUGAAGACUGUUACACAGAGGAGAACAGUUCAGUUCUCCAUGUCCAAAGAGAGCAGAACAACUGAUGAAAGAUUCAGAGUAGCCACUAGCAAAUCUUCUGAAAGCUACAGACACUGCAAUAAGCUGUCAGGGGCUGGGAGAAGGAGGGAGGGAAUAAAGGAAGGGUGCAGGGGCUGUGGGUCAGUGACCAGCACAGGUCUCCCAGAACACCUGGAACCUGUCGGGAAUGACAGGCAAAGCUCAUUCAGCACGAGGCAGGACAAUGAAGGAGGAGUUAUCUGGCAUGUCUGCUUUUGAGAGCAUUACAGAUGUGCUUAUUUAAGGAGGAUUUGCCUGAAUCUACUCUGAAUCUGUCUUGUAAUAGAUAAUAGAUAUUUUAACUUACGUAGUUUUUAGCUUUUUUACUAAAAGGUUUUCAUUCUCUUGAUUUUAUUUAUAAGAUUUAUAUGCAUUUUCUUUGGUUUAGUGGAGCUUUAAAAGUGGUAAAGUAAUGGAUAAAUCACACUGAGGCUCACUAAUUUCAAUUUUAAACAUGAGUCAAUUUCAGUUAAAACUAAGCAUCUUAUUAUUAUCAGCAAUUAUUCCAUUCUAAAUGAGAGAAUUUUGAACUGCAAUUGCAAAACAAAGUAGCCUGUAGAAAAAAAGUAUGUAAAAAAGUAUGUUUUCAAAAUAGAUCUGUAUUGUCUCUUGUGCAUUUUCAAAUAAUAAAAAAAUUUAUUGCACUUCUGUUAUGAGUCUUCAUAAGCCAAUUUUUAAAACUUAAAAGUCUACUUACCAA